UUUAAACCCCUGCUCUUCUCGUUUACUUGCUCCAAACUAAUCAAAUACCUUAAAGCACAAGACAAAUUCCGACCAGCCGUCAGAGGUCGGGAAGUAAAGGGGUCCGGGAUAAAAGACUUGUCUGCAACAUGUCUGGAAACAAAAAGCAAAAAACGGAUCUCCAGAGGUCAACCAACGUGGUCUACCAGGCGCACCACGUGAGCAGAAGUAAGAGAGGCCAGGUUGUGGGCACCAGGGCAGGCUUCCGAGGCUGCACUGUCUGGCUCACGGGACUCUCUGGGGCUGGUAAGACAACCAUUGGCUUUGCUCUGGAAGAGUAUCUGGUUUCCCACGCAAUUCCCUGCUACUCUCUGGACGGUGACAAUAUCCGCCAUGGACUGAAUAAGAACCUGGGCUUCACUUCAACCGACCGGGAGGAGAACAUUCGCCGGAUAGCCGAGGUGGCGAAGCUGUUUGCAGACGCUGGUCUCGUCUGCAUCACAAGUUUCAUCUCCCCCUAUACCAAGGACCGGAAUGAAGCCCGGAAGAUUCAUGAGAGCGCGGGGCUGCCUUUCUUCGAGGUGUUCAUCAAUGCCCCGCUAGACGUGUGCGAGAGUCGAGAUGUCAAAGGACUCUAUAAGAAAGCACGUGCUGGGGAGAUUAAAGGGUUCACUGGUAUUGACUCUGAAUAUGAGAAACCGGAGGCACCGGAGCUGGUGUUGAAGACGGGAGAGGAGUCGGUGAACGAGUGCAUCCAGCAAGUGGUGGAGCUGCUGAAGGAACAGAGUAUUGUUCCUUCAGCCAUCUUGGAGGACGUGAAUGAGCUCUUUGUGCCUGAGAACAAAAUAAACUUGGUUCGGGCUGACGCCAACACGCUGCCCACCCUUGAGAUCACCAAGCUGGACUUGCAGUGGGUUCAGGUGCUGGCAGAAGGCUGGGCCACUCCCUUGACAGGCUUCAUGCGAGAGAGUGAGUUCCUUCAGGUGCUGCACUUUGGCACAUUGCUUGAUGGUGGCACUAUCAACAUGUCUGUGCCCAUCGUCCUGCCUGUGUCUACGGAGAACAAAGAGAACCUGGAUGGGUGUGCUGCUUUUGCCUUGGUGUACGAAGGCCGCAGGGUGGCUAUUCUCCGUAACCCUGAGUUUUAUGAACACAGGAAGGAAGAGCGCUGUGCCAGGCAGUGGGGCACCACUUGCACCCAGCACCCUUAUAUCAAGAUGGUCAUGGAGAGUGGGGACUGGCUGGUUGGGGGUGACCUGGAAGUGCUGGAGAGAAUCAAAUGGAACGAUGGGCUGGACCAGUUCCGACUGACCCCCCGGGAACUGAAGCACAAAUUCAAGGAAAUGAAAGCAGACGCCAUCUUUGCUUUCCAGCUGCGCAAUCCAGUGCACAAUGGGCACGCUCUGCUGAUGCAGGACACCAAGCGCCGGCUUCUGGACAGGGGGUACAAGCGGCCCGUGCUGCUGCUGCACCCGCUGGGCGGCUGGACCAAGGACGACGACGUCCCGCUGGCGUGGCGCAUGAAGCAGCACGCCGCCGUGCUGGAGGAGCGCGUCCUGGACCCGAACUCCACCAUCGUGGCCAUAUUCCCCUCACCCAUGCUGUACGCGGGGCCCACGGAGGUGCAGUGGCACUGCCGGGCUCGCAUGAUCGCCGGAGCCAACUUCUACAUCGUGGGCCGGGACCCCGCGGGGAUGCCCCACCCCGAGACCAGGAAGGACCUGUACGAGCCGACGCACGGAGGCAAGGUGCUGACCAUGGCGCCUGGGCUCACUUCCGUGGAGAUCAUCCCCUUCAGGGUGGCGGCUUACAACAAAACCAAGAAAGCGAUGGACUUUUACGACCCCGAGCGACACAGCGAGUUUGAGUUUAUCUCCGGUACCCGGAUGAGGAAACUGGCGCGAGAUGGAGAAAAUCCCCCCGAUGGCUUCAUGGCUCCUAAAGCAUGGAAGGUCCUGACAGAAUACUACAGCUCUCAGCAGAAGGACCAGUGACAACUCACUUUGUUCAGCUCAGACCUAUGACCUGGCUAGAAGACGGGUUUAUUUUUUGUCAUCAACCUGUAAAUCUUUAUUUUAUUUUUUGAUCAAAAAGCAUAAAGACAGAACAAUUUUAAAAGGGAACUGUAAAGCAGCCCAGUGAUAUAGAUGUUUCUGUUUUAUUCUGAACUUUUACUUCACUACUGCCCUUCUUCUAUGCAUACCUGUAUAUUGUAGUGACAGUUUAAAUUCGUUCUAGACGGAGGAGCAGUUAAAGUCUGCUCUGUUAUAUUGGCCAAAUGGGUCAGAAGACAAAAGAGUUUCUUCUUAAAGCCACAUAGCUUAUGUCAGCGUAUCACAUAGAUUUGAAUUUCUUUCUCAAACAUUUGUGGUAUGAAUAGUUUUUUCCCCUCACAUCAAAAAGCUUCACUUCUUUUGGAUUCCUUGUGGCUAUUGGCAACUGGUUAAAAAAUAUAGUACCUGGAUUUUCACAAAUCCAAAGCCACCAGAGAUGAAAUAAUUUGGAUUCAUGAUCGCGAUGACCCUUUGCACUCAGAAUAAAAAAUGCACUUGAAAACAAUAUCAAUAUAUUGUAAUUCAUACUCCAAAUACUUGGCAAGCUGAGGUGACCUGAAGUCUUACAUGAUGCCAUUUACUUACUUUUUUAGCAUUCCAUAAUUCAUUAUUUGCAAAUAUGCAUCUUUAAAUAGGAUCCAUCAGGACCCUUUUGUUUGAUAUCCACUCAUGGACAAACCAUCAUCUACACAAAUCUUCCAAGUGCCUGUUUCUGAUGAAUGUAAAACAUUUUUGUAUUAACUGCUGUAUCUCAAGUGUUUGAAUUUGCUGUCCACAACUGUGACUAAAAGGGCAAAGCCUAAUAUCAAAUAGGGCAUUCGAGAAACCUCUUAUUCCUGAAUGAACUCGGUGCUAUCAAUAGACUGGAGCCCAUACAUUUUUAUAUGAAGUCGUUUGUGGUGCAGGUUGUACUUACUAUACAACAGGACUGUCAGCAGUAUAGAUUACUCAUAAAUCCAAAAUCAACUAUAUGAAAAAAAUACAUAUUUAUUUUAAAUCCAAAUUUUGUGCCUUAACUAAUAUUGCCUUUUUAUGACGUGCUUCUUAGAAUUUUUAUUCCGUUUUUAAAAUAAACAUUUAUUUGAUCUGU